AUGAACAUUAUCCUCAUCCCUUCAUUGCUUGGUAUGGCAGCAUUUGUACUCCUUGUUGCAGCUUCUAAAGGGGACUCAAAGGUCAGCAUAAUUGUGUGGCCACCAGGAAUAAAGGUCUUCUCUGGAGAGUGUGUGCUGCUGCGGUGCAGGGUGGAGUCCAACUCCACGUUGGGGUGGCGCUACCGCUGGUUCCGGAAUCAGCCCGGCGCCACCCAUAUGGGGAAGAAUCCCCGCCACCUGCUUUCUGGCGGAUACUACUCCAUCACUGCUGUGAUGAGGGAGGAUACAGGCCGGUACUGGUGCCAGGCACACCCUGACAGCAACGCUACAGAUGUGCUCCUGAGCAGGCCUGUUAGACUCAAUGUGUCAGAUCUUCUGCCACCCUCAUUGACUCUGACCCCCAACUUUAGACAGCUGUUCGUUGGGGAGACCUUUACCUUGCAGUGCCCUGAUACCCUGACCAACUCCUUUGUUUGGUUCCUGAGGCAAAAUUCUACCAACCACUUAACUAAGUUUGCUGACUCCAUGACUGGUGCGUGCUCAUCACUAGGUAAUCCAGGCAGAUCUGAGAUUUGUGUUGCCGCUGCUAUGAGGGCGCACAGCGGGCUUUAUUGGUGCGAGGGUGUUGAAGGCCGCAGUAACGCAGUCCACCUUACCAUUAGUUCUGGUCCAGUUAUCAUGAGUACCCCUGCCUCCACCAUACCACAAGGGAGAAGCGUAAUCUUAGCUUGUCGCUACUGGAAAGGAAACCAUACAAAAAGCACAUUCUUCAGGAACGGAGUGAAAAUGUCCACUUGCAAUUCUUCUGGUCCAGACACAGAAACAAAACUAACCAUAGAGAAUGUUACAGUGGCACAUGAAGGCUUCUAUAAGUGUGCGUCACAGGAUGGGAACUUAGAGAGCCUGCAGAGCUGGCUCUCAGUAAGAAGAGACUUGUUUACUGUCGACGAGACGGCUGGUUCCAGUUCUGACUCCUGGAUUUGGGUUGUUGUUUUAUGUAUUCUUAUGAUCCUCAUCCCACUUACCAUCUUGUUAAUUCAUCACUUCAGGUACAAGAUGCUUUACACUCACAGUUGUUGGACAGUUCCGGGUGGGGAAACUCCCGCAGCUGUGCUUCCUGCCACCAAGCAGGACGUGACUGAGGUACAGUGGGAUCUUUCCUGGAUGGAGAUGUCCAACCUGCUGUAUCCGGGCACAUGA